CAGAUUUUAAAAUGCUAUUUUUUCUAUCAUCCAUUCUCUUGUGCAGAUCUUAAAUGCAUGUCGUCCUUUGUCGCACAUUCGUAUGUGUAAAUUGUAAAAGUGCUCCAUUGUCUAUCAUCAAAGUGGACGGAUCUCAAAGCACUUGAUUUUUUAUCAUUCAUAUAUAGAUGUAUAGAUUUUAAAGUGUUUCAUCUUCUAUCAUCCAUUUACUUGCAUAGAUUUCAAAAGUACUCCAUCCUUAUCAUCUAUUCGCUUGUAUAGAUUUUAAAGCACUCCAUCUUCUAUUAUUCUUCCAUUUUGCACAAAUCUAAUAGCACUCCAUGUUUUGUCAUCCAUCCGUCUGCACCAUUUUAAAGCGUUCUAUCCUUUAUCAUUCAUUCGUUUAUAUAGAUUUCAAAGCGUUCCAUUCUCUGUCAUCCAUCUAUCCAUAUAGAUCUCAAAGCACUUCAUCUUCUGUUAUCUAUCUAUAUGCAUAAAUCUCAAAGUGCUUUAUUCUUUAUUAUCCAUUCUUCUACACAUGUCUUAAAGCACUUCAUCAUCUGUCAUCGAUCUGUUUGGAUAGAUCUGAAAGCACUCCAUUUUUUAUUAUUCAUCGAUCUCAAAAUACAUCUUCUAUCAACUAUUUACUUGUAUAAAUCUCGAAGUGCUAUAUUUUUUAUAAACCAUCCAUCUGCAUAGAUCUUGAAACACUUCAUUUGAUGCUAUCUAUCUAUUUGUAUGCAUCUCAAAGUGCUUCAUCAUCUAUUAUUAUUCAUUCGUUUGUAUAUAUCUUAAAGUGUUCAAUCUUUUAUCAUUUAUCAAUCUACACGGAUUUCAAAAAAUACUUCAUCCUUUGGGGCUUUGUCUUGCAUCUGUUUGCCGUAGAAUGCUACUUUUUUAAUUCAUGCCAAAACAAAAUCCCUUCGUGGCAGGAAAGAGCGUGUUUUAUUUUAUCAGUAUUAUUACCGAAAUUUUUAGUUAUUCCAGCAGCUAGUAAUCUCUCCAUCGUCGUCCAGGUGGCACCGCCCUCAUUUGCCACACACCCAGCAUUCCGAAUCCUUCCCUCCCAGCGCCCAAAAUUUGAACCACCCCCCGCUCUCUCUCUCAUACCACGCCUCUUCGCCUUCUUCUCCCCCGACCGUCUCGCCAUGGAGGACGACGAGGACGCGUACCGGCUCGGCGGGGGCCCAACUCCCUCGCUUCCUUCUCUCGUCUCUCUCGCCUCCUUCUUGCCCCACCCAUCUCUAUCCCUCCGCCGGCUCUCGAGCUGCUUCAGCGAGCUAAGCCGGGCGGUCCCCUUGGCGAGGAGGACGCUGGCCUGGGUCUCCCUACAGGGGCCGGCCGGUCGGCGUCCAGGAGGCCACGCCCGCGAGAGCCGUCGGCCGGGGCUUGAGCCCAAAGGAGGCCGCGGCUUGGAGGCUCUUCAGCCCCCUCCAUCGCGUCCUCAUCGUCGCCAUUGUUGCCGCCGUCGCCGCCGAGUCCAAGAGACCUCAGAGGAUAUCUCAGUAGAAGCGAUCCGUUGAUCUCAGGGUCAGUUUUUAUUCAAAAAAUCUCCUUCUUUAAUAAAGUUUCCUUGGGAUUUAUUUGGAGAUUUGGAAGCCCUGGUUUGGUGAAUACACCGGAUCGUGCGAUUAUCUUUGUAUAAUUCCUCUUCCUUUUCCAUUAUAUGGUCUAUAUACUUCUCAUUUAUUUCGUAUUCUUCGGAGAUUUAGUGUUAUCGAAAUAGAAUCCCAUGGCGUCUUUCAUAGGACUGCCGAGGUCUCUUUACUUUUUAUUUUUAUUUUUGCUGCUAUUUUCUUUUAAUCUAUUCCGGGUUACCAAAAAUUAUGUCUUUUAAUGGUUUUUUUAAAAAAAGAUGGAAAACAGGAAGAGGUAUGGUUCUUUGCGGAAAAGAAAAGGAAAAAAAUUUCUUUUACAGUUCUAGGUUAUCUUUUAUCUAUGAAUUAGUGUUAGGUCGAGUAGAACUAGAUGUUUAUUGUCCUCAAAGCUUCUUUGCCGAUGCUGGGUUAAAAGAUUUUUCUUUUUAAUCAAACACAUGUUUUUAACUCGCUCUAAAUCAGUCACUUAGUGAUUAAAUGAAAAACUUUUUUCUGGUAAAAUAUUAAAUAGAAAUUUUUGAGAAGUUUGUUGUUUUCAGUGUUUGCGGAAAAUAAUCAACUCUUCUGAAUGAUUCAUUGGCAAGGCUGCUGGGAUUUUUAUAUAAAAAAAUCUGUGUUAAGACCAGCUUUUAAUAAUUUUUCCAGAAUCAGGGAGAGUUUGAAAUAAGGCCCACACAUUAACCUUUACUCAGAUAUAUCAAUUUAGUAUGGAAAUGAUCUUCUAGAGAACUUUUUAACUUGAAUAGGUUUUGUUCUGUCAGGAUUUUGCUCUUAGUUGUUUCAUUUUAUGAUUGCAGGGCUUCCUUUUAGACUUUAGUUUUGUUUAUGCCCAAAGAAUUCGAUAGAUAUUAGGUAGUUUUUUUGAUGAAACAGGAGGGAGGCCCACCUGACUGUUAUUAAAAAAGAAAAUAUUUACAUACUAUUUACAAGGAGUGAAGAGUUAGUACAUGUGGGUUCUACAAGGAGUCCAGGUUGAUAGGAUAUAUUAGGUAUUUUUACUUGGUACCAUUUGAUCAUGCAGGACCAAGUGCUACUAAACUUGCAGCAGAAACUUGACGACCUGUGUGAACAGUUGAACUCUUCAAAGGAUAAAUCAUUUGAAAUUGCCAGAAAAUUUUUUUCCCAGAGGAUGAUCAGUUUGUGGCUGAUGGAAUGCUACAACAGAAAGAUGCUGAAAUUUGCAGCUGUGGUCAUCCACUUCCUGAGCUGAAUCCCCAAAGUGGGAUUGUUUGCAGUGCUGCAUUCUGGAGAAUAAGAAUAAUUGGCGGUGUUGUUUGUGAACGAUCUUUUUUUCUUUUUUUUUUCAUCUCUUGCGAUUUUCGCAGGAUGUUAAUGAAAUGGACACUGCUAAGAAGAUGUUUUUAAGACAGAUCACAUGAACAUAGGAGAGGAUGUCUGAUCGUUCGGAUUUUUGCUCCAGCAUCACAUCUUCUGUGGACAUUCAGAGAAUUGCAGAGCUGGAAGAGAUCACGAAAAGGGGAAACAUGGUGAUCACAAGAUUAAAGAAAGAUAUGGUGGUUCUAGAACAAAAGCUGAUGAGGCUUCAAAGACCAUUUUCCACUGCAUCAAAAAUUAGCUCGCAACUUCCAAUCAUGACAAAUAAUAUUUUCUAUGACCUGAGUGGCACAAGUUCAUCGUCGUUAGACUGUGAUUCUUCAGUUGAGGGAAAAGAAUGCCAAUGAUGUGACCCAGUUACACAUGGUAGUCCUCAGUGGUGCUGCUCAGUAGCUGUUACAAGUCUGACCUCAGCAAAAUCAUGUGGCUCCUCAAACAUCCCAACAGACAGGUUCCCGAAGCAGCACUCUGUUAGUUCUGAUAAAAGACUCCCAUGGUCCUCAUACCUAUGAGAGUCUGCAAGAGUGCACCACUUUAGCAAUCAAGAGUCAGGCUCAACCUUUGUCAAAAUUUGCUAGUUCCAUGUCCAGAUCACGAGAUUGCUUCCGGAGGCAGGGAUCUGUAUAUCCCAUUGUAGAAAAUUAUAGUAUUCACAGAGCUGACUCAGCUGUGGCAUUGAAACCAAAGAGAUCAGGAUCUUCUGGCGGAGAUUUCAAGAGAACUAGGCUGCAUACUCAGUCCGAAUCAGAGAGCAGAGUUUCACAGAAGCGAUGGGUUCAGAUUCUCAAUAUCACCUUGAUAUUGGAAUUUAAAGGAAAGUGGCAUAUAGAAGUUAGUACUUCAAGAGAUAGAUGCAAUGCCAUCUGUGUCGGAAGUGCUUGAUCAAAUAUACUCAGAGACAUAUGCAAAGGAAGGACAUCAUUCAAGCUAGAUAUUACAUUAUUCCAUCCAUUAGCGCACUAUAUUUUUGAUAUUUUAAUCUCUUAGAGUUUUGUUUCCAAUUUUGACAAAAGGACACCUUUGGUCUUAAUUUUGUGCUUGUUUACCUGACAACUGUCAUAACAUCUGAUAAUUUAAUUACCAUAGUCUAUUGGAAAAAAAUGAUUUCAUUCAAUUUUAAUCGGAAGUGGUUAAUCCUUCACUUCUUUUUCUGCACACUCAGCUAUCCAUUUUUUUUCCCUUUAUGAUCUAUGACCUCUCAUCAAUGCUUCAUCUGCUUGAGGUAAUGGCAGUUCAUGCCAACUCUGAGGUUCAUAUAUACUCUGAUGAUAAAAUUUUGAUCUCUUAAUUGAUGUCAAUUUACUCUUGAACUAGGUAGAAUGAAAUUCUUUUGUACUUGGGAUUUGACAAAUCUUGGUCGUCCACUGUUCUGUCAGCAAAGAAACUUCCAUGGUGAUUACAAUAUCACGUCACCCUCAUCUUCCACCUCUUUGCAUGUAACAGGGCAGGGAGGGGAAUUAUGGCAUUGUACAAAACUUUUAUUGCAUCGUAAUAAAGCAUAAUUCACAAGGCCACAGAACCAGGGAAUGACUGGGGGAAGGAGAAGCAAAAGUAGAGGAAAUAUUACGGAGUUGAAGAGAAGGGAGAAUAAGAAUAUCCGCAUCUGAUGGUGUUCACCUCCUCCUCGAUCUCUCCCAAUCGGAUUCGGUUCUCCUCGUCGCCUCGGUCCUAGAGCUCCGUGGAAGAGCAAGGGGGGGUCUGUGGUCCACCGCGGUGAGAGUAAGGGAGGAUGUCGAAUCUUUACGGGGAAUUCAACCAGAAGAUCGACUAUGUAUUCAAGGUGGUGCUGAUCGGGGACUCGGCGGUUGGGAAAUCGCAGCUGCUGGCGCGCUUCGCCCGCAACGAGUUCAGCUUGGAUUCCAAGGCCACCAUUGGCGUCGAGUUCCAGACCCGCACCCUCACCAUCGACCACAAGACUGUCAAGGCCCAGAUUUGGGACACCGCCGGCCAAGAAAGGUACCGUGCCGUGACAAGUGCAUACUACAGAGGUGCGGUGGGGGCAUUGCUGGUCUACGAUAUGACAAAGCGCCAGUCAUUUGAUCACGUGGCGAGGUGGCUAGAGGAACUACGUGGGCAUGCCGACAAGAACAUUGUUAUCAUGCUCAUUGGGAACAAGUCUGACCUUGGAACCCUUCGUGCUGUCCCCACCGAGGAUGCAAAGGAAUUUGCGCAGCGUGAGAACCUGUUCUUCAUGGAGACCUCCGCACUUGAGGCCACUAAUGUUGAGACUGCUUUCCUGACUGUCCUUACUGAGAUUUACCGCAUCAUUAGCAAGAAGGCUCUUGUUGCCAAUGAGGAGCUUGAGGCUGGGGGAAAUUCAAGCCUACUAAAAGGAACUAAGAUAGUCGUCCCUGGCGAGGUGCCACCAAGUGGGACCAAAUCUGCAUGUUGUAUGUCCUCGUAGGUGGCAGUCUCUCAUCAAGCCACCUUUUUUGUUACAAUUAUGUUCCAAUCUUGGAAGAUUUUUCCAUAUCCCAAGGAUUUUGAUGCCUGCCAUUUUUGAAAAGUUUGCAAAGAACACCAUUUACUGGAUUGUUAAAAGGCUGUACUCUUUCCCCCUUUUUUUCCCGCUUUUCUGUCUCUUCCUGAUUUCAUCUUCUGUAAUAUAAUGAGAGCAUAUGGAACGAUUUUAAGGUGCAGAAAUUAGUGGAUAUAUAGUUCAAUUGUUAUGUGCCAA